AUGAUUUUCCUUUCUCUCAUCAUUGUCCUGGUUGGACUGGUUGGAAAUGCCAUAGUGUUGUGGCUUCUGGGAUUCCACAUGCACAGGAAUGCCUUCUCUGUCUACAUCCUCAACCUGGCUGGGGCUGACUUCCUCUUCAUGUACUUUCAAAUUGUACACUCUGUUCUUUUUAUUUUAGAAAUCUAUUCCAUUCCCACAGGCAUCUAUACAUUUUCUUUUGUUGUGUCAAAUUUUGCUUAUCUUUGUGGCCUGAACAUCCUCAGUGCCAUUAGCAUUGAAAGGUGCCUGUCUGCCAUGUGGCCCAUCUGGUAUCACUGCCAUUGCCCAAGGCACACAUCAGCUGUCAUAUGUACCCUGGUUUGGUUUUUGUCACUGCUGUUGAGCCUCCUGGACUGGACGGUAUGUGGUUACCUAUCUGGUAGUCUUGGCGUUGGUUGGUGUCAGACACUUCAUUACAUCACUACAGCAUGGUUAAUUGUUUUGUUUGUGGUUCUCAUGGGGUCCAUUCUGGCCUUAAUGGUUACUAUCUUGUGUGGCUCACGCAGGAUUCAUGUGACCAGGCUGUAUGUGACCAUUGUGUGCACAGUGCUGGUCUUCCUGUCAUUUGGUCUGCCCUAUGGGAUCUACUAUUUCCUCUUAUCAGGGAUUGAGAAUUUUGAUGAUUUUUUGUCUUGUUAUUUUUUUCCAUUGACAAGAAUUCUGUCCUGUUUUAAUAGCUGUGCUAAUCCCAUCAUUUAUUUCCUUGUUGGCUCUAUCAGGCAUCGUAGGUUCCAGAGAAACACUCUCAAGCUACUUCUGCAGAGAGCCAUGCAGGACACUCCUGAGGAGGAAUAA